CCACGAUGGGCGGGUCCAUCUCGAUGCUCCGUGCCGACAUUAAGGCCCACGUGAAGAUAGCAUUUGACUACCCGAAUCUACUGGAGCCCCAUCUAUCCGUCGUUCGGUUCUUUUUGGAACUGUGCGAGGAAGGAGAAGGGAUCACACCCAAAGACCGAGACAACCCAGAGUUCCUUGAUCGCAUCAAGGAGUUUGAGACCGACGUAUCUACGGAAGUGGAGCUCGUGGCCGAGAACGAAGAUGCCAUCAACAUCCUCCUUGCCGCCGUGGAAACCUACGCGACCAUGGUUCCAGCGCCCGAAUUCGACACAAAGAAGCGGUACUUUGCGAGGUUUCGCACGCCAGAGCCAUUCCCUGACUUUUACGACCCCGUGGGAUCCGUCGACUUGGAGCGAUAUCGGGUGUCCCUGCUACGAAUGUCCUUGCGAUGUCUGCGCAUGAUCACCGUCAUCGACGACGUGAGAAAGUACGUCAUGGGCAGUUCCGCCAUCGCCGCGCUCAAUCGCGUCGUGGACGAGAAUCCCCUCGACACAUUCAUUCGAAAAGACGUCAAGGCGAUUUUCAAAAACGUGUUUGGCGGCGACCAAUCGGUUAAAAGGCUGGAAAAUGCGUCAGUUGCCAUCGCCGUCGAAGUCAUCACAGACUUUUCAGACUCGGAUGUGGUGCAACUGGCAGGCAUCAAGCGUCUGUCGUAUCUAUUUGGGCAAUACACAGACUUGGCGCAAUGCAAAUCCGAUGUGCUUGUCCUCCAGGUCGUGCCGGCAGUGGGCGCGGCGUUAGCGGCGUUCCCAGAAACAUAUUUCGACCUGUAUGCGCAUGCAUGUCGGCUGUUUCUGGUGCUGGUACCUCCUCAUGUGUUGAAGCAAAACGAUGAAAACGGGGUUCCUCAUGAUGAAACACUCGCCAAGGUGAUUGGUCAGCACGGGGGCGUCCAAGCCGCGAUCAAGUUGCUCAAAACGUGUCGCGGAUUUUACACAAACUUGGCGCCGACGCCGUCCGAAACUUCAAGCGCGUACUCGCAGCAGCAACUCCUCCGACCUAAACAUGGGAGCUCACGGUCUCGUCGCCCGCCGGUCAAGAAAAUCAUCCCUGUGGUUCAUGCAACUAGUAAUACUACUAGUAGUAGUAUGCAAUCCACUCGAGAUAUUUUGAACGCGUCGGGCAACCAAGUCGCGACAGACGAAGCCGCCACAAGCGCGGAAAAGACAAAGCUGACAGACUGGACGACACCAGACUUGGCUCAGCAGGCGCUGUGGGCGCUGGACGUGCUCAGCAUCACCGACUUCAACCGCAUCACCAUGAAGCGAGAAAAAUUCAAGUUUGUGCUGUCCGAAGUCAUACUCGGCUCGAAACUCAUUGUCCCGCGGCGGCUGCGGCUGCUCAACUGGAAAGACAUUGGCUACGACAACGACGACGAUCAGCAUGGGUGACGCUCGCACGUGUGGCGGCAGGACAUACCUUGGAUGGAGCUUCGAAACACCAAGACCCUGUCGACCACCCAUCCUCGCGAUAACGCUACGGGUGAUUGUCGCACACUCACGAUCAUUCACCAUAUUCGGUCCCAAUGUUAUUUCGCUGCCGCAGAUGGCGAUACAGUCAGUGUACACUGCCCAACCAUCGACUUGCCCCUACAGUUGACUUCAUGUGACAUGCCCAACCAUAACGAUGACAAGUGUCGCGAAGUGGCAUAUGGUUGUAUACGACAGACACCUCACUUACGACAGACACCUCACUUGAAUGGACCCCGACGCCACACACACAUCU